UACGUGAACGCAACACGCGGCGCCAUCGUGGCCCAAAUUCUAGCGAGCUCUGUGUGUUUUUGUUGGGCGGGUUGUAAACAUGGCGUUGGAAGCCUGGUACAUGGACAACUCUGAUGAAGACCAGAGAAAGCCGCACAAGCUCGAUCCGAAUCGACCUGUUUCGUUGGAGGAGUUAAAACAUCUUGGCGUUUUUUACUGGAAGCUCAAUGCGGACAUCUAUGAAACAGACCCAGAACUGCAAUGCAUCAGGAAAGAGCGAGGCUACUCCUUCAUGGACAUCAUCACAAUUGAGAAGAACACACUGACAAACUACGAGGAGAAGUUAAAGAUGUUCUUUGAGGAACACUUGCACUUGGAUGAUGAGAUUCGCUACAUCCUUGAUGGCCAGGCCUACUUUGACGUAAGGGACAAAGAGGACCGCUGGAUAAGAAUUGCCAUGAAGAAAGGUGACCUCAUUACCCUGCCAGCCGGCAUCUACCACCGCUUCACCUUAGACGAGUUGAAUUACACUAAGGCCAUGAGGCUGUUUGUUGGGGAGCCAGUGUGGAAAGCCUACAACAGGCCAGCGGAUGACUAUGAGAUACGAAAGAAAUAUAUGGCUUCUCUGCAGGAAGCCUGAAAAAGCGCAAGACUGCAGUCUGUGAUUUGGGACCUCUGAUCAGAACAUGAUUCUGAGAUUACACAUUUUCAUGUUCUUCAAGAUGCAGUUACACUACACAAACUUAAAGCUGGUGUCUCAAACUUGACUUAUGUUGGGGGGCUGCUGGAGAUCAGGCUGUGUCCUCCUCAAAAAAUGGGUUCAAGUAUUCCAAAAAACACAACUAAUCCAAUCUUCUCAAGUUUUUAUUAAUAACAGUACAGAACAUUCACGGUUCUUCAGAACGUGAACAAGAUUGGUGACCCGGUCCUCUCAUCUCCCUUUCCAUUCUUGACAGCAUGUCUAGUUGAGUAGUGAUGUCUGAUUUCUUCAGCAUCACAACUUUCUGGGUGUUUUUUUCAUGCCGAGCGCAGGUCAAGCACAAGGAGCAGUCUAACUGCGCAUGGGUGUAGUUUUCUUUCUUUUGAUAUUUUGCUAGACUUUGCACAGGUGGAAUUGGGCAUAACAGGUUAUUUGCGUCAAAAUCAGAGCGAUCGGAGCACAGUACGACCAAGUACGCCAUGCUUGACUUUUCCCGGCCAAUCCCAGCGCCGUACCUCAUUUGUGUCAAAAUUAGAGCGAUCGGAGCACGGUACUCCCAAGUGUGCCAUGCUUGCCAUUGCGUAAACAGAAAGAGACUCUCUUCAGCCUAUGCAAGGCAUUGGCAGGUAAACUGCAAGCUCUCCCCUUGUGGAUGAUGGAGUCAGCCAUGCAUGUGACAUUGGCAAAUGGAGACUGCCUUGACCCCCCCAAUCAUGAGUCUGUGUGUGACCCCAUCAACACUCCCUUCCCCAAGUGACGGAGGUGCUAUUAAAAUAUUUCUAAGAUUUGUUUGAUAAAUUUAUUUUUACAAUGAUUAAGAGGGCUUGUCCCGCACUGGUGUCAUAUUUAUGAAUGGAAUCCGAUUACAUCAACCACUCACUUCAGCAGCGCGUCAAAUUUGUCUGCCUGCGUCCUGAUCAAAUACACUAAAAUCGUGUUCCACUAGCGCAGACUACUUUUUGUUGCCAAAUUGUCAGAUGAGACGGGGGCGUGUUAACUUUGUGCGCCGGAAUGCCCAGAGAGGUGCAACACAGCCCCAAGUAUUCUAGACUACACUUGCGCUGGCAUGAAAAAUUGUUAAGUGGGCUGUCACUUAUAUAGCGCUUUUCUACCUAAUUAAUAGGGGCGUAAUUUAAAAUCAGAGCAUUCAUAUUAAAGCUUCUUGCUUU